AUGGCGGCCAUCGGGGUGCUCCGGGUGCUGCCCUUUCCCUCAUUCUCCGCACGAGCACUCCCUUCCUUCGCAGCUUUUCAGUCCCCGACAUCGAGCCGACUCCUACAAUUCCUGUCGCAACCGCUUCACAUAUCUUCCAAUGCCUUCAUUCCGGGCACGGUCGUCCUUGGUCUACCCUCUAUCCUCUCAGGGCUUUGGGAAUCUAUCCUUCGCGCAGUCCCUAAGAAGAAAACCUCACAUAUGAAGAAAAGACAUCGACAAAUGGCGGGCAAGGCCUUGAAGGACGUGAAGAACAUUACCAACUGCCCCGGCUGCGGUCAACCAAAACGGGCUCAUUUAUUAUGCCCUUCAUGUGUUAGCGCUCAUCUUGCCGAUAUAUUCUGUUUAGCAGUCACUCCAACCCAGUUUCUAUCGGCAUCGGGUGCUUCAUCGCUCAAGGUCCAUUCGACCACAGAGGCAGAAUUCCCCAUUGCCCAGUCAAUUGAAAAGGCCCACAACAUUGGCUGUCAUCACAUAGUCGCCAGUGAAAAUGGCUCAAGGGCAGCGAGCGUUGGCUUUGCUGGAGAGGUCAAAUUGUGGGCCUACAAAGACGGAACGUGGAGUGAGGAUACUAGCUAUAACGGAAAAGUGGGCGAUGUUUGGGCUAUCAGACUCUCCAACGAUGGGCAGUACCUAGCGGGCACAACCCAUGAUGGGCAUAUCAAAGUUUGGGAUCUAGAGAGCGGCGCUGAGCAGAUACGAGACUUUGAGACGAAAGGCAGUUUUGGAAUGUGCAUAGAUAUUUCUUCUGACGGACGAUAUACCGCGUCCGGCCAUCAGAGUGGAAACGUUUACAUCUUCGACAAUGGCACUGGUCGAAUGCCUUACUCUUUAUCUGGCCUUGUUGAUCCCGUUCGAGCUGUAGCGUUUUCCCCAGGAGGAAAGUUACUCGCGGCCGCGGGGGAUUCAAAAAUCAUUGUGCUCUACGAAACCUCAUCGGGUGAGCAGGUAGCAAACCUUACUGGACAUUCGGCGUGGAUUAUGUCCUUGGACUGGAGUCAUACGGGCGAAUAUCUUUUAAGCGGGUAA